CACACUUGGUGGUGUUGGAUUGGCAGCUGAAUAGUUGUGCGUGUGCGAAGCAUUCCUUAUGUAGUGGAGUGAAUAUGUCGUGGCACUUUUUUGUAUUUUUAAAAGUUCUAUUUUUAGUCCUAAUAAACAGCCAAUAUACGUCCGGACAGGAAACCCAGAGGCCAUGGUACGAAUCCCUUCCUGCUGUUGCAAUGGACUACAAGGUUCACAUUGAUGCUGGUAAGGAGGACUGCUACUUCCAGUAUGUUCAACCAGGUUCAACUUUCUACGUCAGUUUUCAGGUGAUUCGUGGUGGUGAUGGCAUGGCUGGAUUUGCUGUACGACAUCCCAAUGGGCAGGUGGUGCACCCAUAUCAGUGGCAACCGUCGUCUGAGUAUUCAGAUCAGAGCUCAACAGGUGGUUACUAUUCCAUUUGCGUGGACAAUCAAUUCUCACGCUUUGCCGGGAAGCUCGUCAAUAUCUACAUCACUGUGAUCAAGUACGAUGAGUGGGAUAAGUAUGCGAAGGAAAUUGAGGAGCUCCAGCUCAACAUUCACAACUUCACGAGCACCAUUAAGAAUGUGGAGCGCAACAUAAAUGACAUGCUGCAGUACCAAUCGCACUCGCGGAGUCGCGAAGCGCGGGACUACGCCCUCCUUUCGGACAACAAUGGCUACGUGCAGAAGUGGUCAAUGGCUCAAAUUCUCGUAAUACUCGUCACAACAACGAUUCAAGUUUACUUUGUGCGGAAGCUCUUUGACAUUAAAUCCGGCACAUCAAGUCGAAGUCGCAUCUAAAGCAAAGGGACUCCGUCGUGGGUCCCUUUCUCUGCAUUUAAGUAGAGGGCAGUGGUACUUAAUGUCCUUCUUCCUGGUUAAUAUGGGGACUUUAUUCUUGAAGAGAUCAGCUUUAUUUUUAGUGAGGUUUUUUAGAUUUUCCAGGGCAAUUAAAGGGUUAAUAGUUUUAAUAUAAAGUUGAAUACCUUUCUUUCAAUUUUUAAAAUUUCUUUUUUAAUUAUAUCUUUAUUAGUUAUCGACAUUAUAACGUAGCUCAAUUCUGACCUAUUAGUUUCUCUUUUUUGACUAUUGCUGAUAUAAUUCAGCAGCAUUGCACACUUUACUUGCAAAUAAUUUAAAAUAAUUGAAUUAAGAACUAUAGGAGGUCACGCGGUUAGAUAUCGUGUUCGCCCGUAUGACCAACUUUAUAUUUAUCCAAGAUUUAUCCUAAUUUGUAGAAAAUUAUUUAUUUAGUUUCAAACUCAUUUAAAUUAUGUAGAAAAGAGGGUUAACUAAAUUAAUUUCCAAUGUUCUAAAUUAAAUCUACGUGAUAUCCAUGGAACAAGAUUUUUUUUAAAAUCAAAUAUUAGUUAAAGUGUUGAAACUUCGAAAACUUCAAUGCUGAUUUAAAAAAAAUCUUUUGAUUUGGUUGUUCAGCCACCAAGAAAUCCAAGAAUUUUUAUUAAUAUUUCAAAGAUUUUAAUGAUUUCUUGGUCGUUGAAUACGACCCAAUAAUUUAGUUCUUAUUCAAUUUUAAUUCACAUCAAAAACGAAAAAAAGAGGAAAUUGUUAAAAAUUAAUUUCUUAACCUUUUUUGUAGAAAAAAAAAUGAAAAAAAUUUUAUAAAUUUUUCUUUAUUCGUAGGAAAUUUUGGAGAUUCUUCACUUUUUCCUCAGGCACGCAAGUAUAUUAGUACAGUAAAAGUAAAAGGUUUUCUAACCUCAGCCUCAAAAUAAUUGAAAAAGACAUGUAUAGACCCAAUUUUCUCAGAAUCGGCUUAAUAUUUGAUUCUGAUUAAUUUCCCGUUGAAAUUGGGGUCAUAAAGGUUGAGGGAUUUGAGCAAUUAUAAUUAACUAAUCAACUUUCUCUUUAGACUCGUGCUCGAAAACAAGGAAAAUCCCGAAAACUCUUAAGAUAUAUAUUUUGACUGAAAAAUAGACUAGAUUUUUGAUAAUUGAAAAAAGUUAUUAAAAAUCCGAUUUAAUUUGCCAUAAAAGACUUAAAAAAAAUUAAAAAUUUAAUUUUUGGCACAAAAUAAAUUCUUGAAUAAAUAAUUUAAAAAGAAAACUCUCUAAAACCUUGAUAAAAUACUCAAUUAAAUGCAAAAUUAAUCAGUCUGAGAGAUAAAAAUCUCCUAAAUCUACAUUAAAAAAAGGAUUUCUUUCGAGUUCAAAGCAAAUACGUAAUUUUAACUCAAAUAAUUGAGCAUUAAAACGUAAUUAAUAAUAUUAGUUUCCAUUCAAACCUUUAUUGAACACGACUACAAAACUCCCCAGAAAAUCAUGCUAAAUCUCCUCAAAGAAAAGUCCUCAGAAAAUCAACGAAGAAGGGCUUUCGUCGCCUGUAUAAAGUCACGAAAGAGGAAUGUAAUAUGUAUAUGUUUUUUAUUUACACAAAUUAAAUAUAUUUCCAUUCUUCUACUUUUA